AUGUUUCCUGCAGAUGUUAAGGAGAAGCAGAUUAUUAAAGAAGCUUCUUUAGACCACAGACCUUUUGCCGACCUGCAUGUCCCAGACCAAAUUAAAGGCAGAGAGCUUCCAGGAGAGAAUGAUGGAAGAGAAUCCAUCAAGAUACAAGAUCAUGGAGGUGCUUCUAUUUCUUCAGAGGCUGAAGACACUGAGGAGAAUGAAGAAGACAGUGAUGUAGAGCACCCUCUUUCUGAGCUGAAACACUUGUCAGACUCUGGAUAUAAGAAAUGUUUUACAAAGAAGAAUAAAUGUAGGAAAGGCCACACAGGAGUUAAGCUUAGCUGCAAAGACUGUGGCAAAACAUUUAUGGCAAAAUCAUCUUUAAACAGACACAUGAGAAUCCAUACAGGAGAGAAGCCUUUCUGUUGUGAUCAAUGUGGACAGAGAUUUAGCAUAAAAAGUUCUUUAAACACACACAUGAGAAUCCAUACAGGAGAGAAGCCUUUCUGUUGUGAUCUGUGUGGACAAAGAUUUAGCGAAAAAGUAACUUUAAACACACACAUGAGAAUCCAUACAGGACAGAAGCCUUUCUGUUGUGAUCAAUGUGGACAGAGAUUUAGCAUAAAAAGUUCUUUAGACAGACACAUGACAAUCCAUACAGGACAGAAGCCUUUCUGUUGUGAUCUGUGUGGACAGAGAUUUAGCCGAAAAUCUCAUUUAAACACACACAUGAGAAUCCAUACAGGAGAGAAGCCUUUCUGUUGUGAUCUGUGUGGACAAAGAUUUAGCGAAAAAGGAUCUUUAAACAAACACAUGAGAGUCCAUACAGGAGAGAAGCCUUUCUGUUGUGAUCUAUGUGGACUGAGAUUUAGCAUAAAAAGUUCUUUAAACACACACAUGAGAAUCCAUACAGGACAGAAGCCUUUCUGUUGUGAUCUAUGUGGACAGAGAUUUAUCAAAAAAAGUUCUUUAGACAGACACAUGACAAUCCAUACAGGACAGAAGCCUUUCUGUUGUGAUCUGUGUGGACAGAGAUUUAGCCGAAAAUCUCAUUUAAACACACACAUGAGAGUCCAUACAGGAGAGAAGCCUUUCUGUUGUGAUCUAUGUGGACUGAGAUUUAGCAUAAAAAGUUCUUUAGACAGACACAUGAGAAUCCAUACAGGACAGAAGCCUUUCUGUUGUGAUCUAUGUGGACAGAGCUUUAGCCAAAAAUCUAAUUUAAACACACACAUGAAAAUCCAUGCAGGACUGAAGCCUUUCUGUUGUGAUCAUUCAUCCCACAUAGUGGAGCUGAAGCAGUCUCUGAGGGCUUCUUCUGCCUCCUCUGACCAUCUCCUCAUUCUGCGUGUUACCUCUGGCUCCCUGAUCACCAGCGGCUUGUAA